UAUUUUUAGAGAGGAAGAAACUUAUAGUGGCCCUUCUUUCUAAGACCAUGACAUGUAAUUUGAAGUUGCAGAAAGAUCAUGAAGAUAUUUGGAAUGUCUUAUGAUGAUGGCCAGAAGGAAGAAGAAACAGAUGAGGAAGGGAAUGAGACCAAUGAAUUAGGUAGCCAAUAUAGCCUAACCGGCAUCAUUCUUCCUUCUCUCGGUUCCAGCGGUUACCGAAGGCAUAAGCUCCGUCCUUAUAGUAUCUCUCCAUACAAUUGUCAAUACAAGUUGUGGCAAAAUUUUCUGGUGAUAUUGGUUUUCUACACUGCAUGGGUGUGUCCUUUUGAAUUUGGGUUCCUUGAUAAAACAAAGGGUGGCCUUGCUGUAACUGACAACAUUGUGAACGCUUUUUUUGCUUUUGACAUUAUUCUCACCUUCUUCGUUGCUUAUCUCGACAAGCCUUCUUAUAUGCUCAUCGACGAUCGAAAGAGCAUUGCUUUGAGAUAUGCUAAAUCUGGGUUGAUAUUGGAUGUUCUCUCUACCAUCCCUUAUGAAGUUGUUAAGGCACUGUUGCCAAAACAUGGCAAAAAAUUUGGCUACGUUUUCAACAUUCUACGGUUGUGGCGUCUUCGUAGAGCUAGUGAUAUGUUUUCAAGAUUAGAAAAGAAUAGAAAGUAUAACUACUUCUGGGUGCGCUGUUCAAAAUUUACAUGUGUAACUCUAUUCUCUGUGCAUGCUGGUGCCUGCUUUUUCUUUUUUACUGCUCAACGAAAUAGUGACGCGAAAUCAACAUGGGUUGGCCUUAUUAGUGAUGCCGCUGACAGUAGUAUGUGGGGAAACUAUGCAACAUCAAUAUAUUGGUCCAUAGUGACUCUUACUACAGUUGGUUAUGGUGAUUUGCAUCCUGUAAAUACAAGUGAAAUGGCACUUGACAUUUUCUAUAUGUUAUUUAAUCUUGGACUUACCUCGUAUCUGAUUGGUAACAUGACCAACUUGGUUGUCCACUGGACAGAUAAAACUAAAAGAUAUAGAGACACUGUCCAAGCUGCCUCAAAUUUUGUUCAGAGAAACAAUAUACCUAUUCGUUUGCAAGAACAAAUAUUUUCUCAUUUGCUCACGAAGUACAGAACUGAUUUAGAAGGAUUGCAGCAACAAGAGAUUUUUGACUCUCUUCCAAAAGCCAUCCAGUCUAGCAUCUCACAUCACCUUUUCUAUCCCCUUAUUGACAAAGUUUAUUUGUUUCAUGGAGUGUCAGAAGACCUACUUUUUCAAUUGGUCAUGGAGAUGAAGGCUGAGUACUUUCCUCCAAAGGAAGAUGUGAUUUUGCAAAAUGAAGCGCCAACAGACUUUUAUAUAUUGGUUGCUGGAGCUGCUGAUCUUAUUCAUAAAAAGAAUGGAGCAGAUGUGAUUGUUGGUGAGGCUAAGACUGGAGAUGUUAUUGGGGAAAUAGGAGUAUUAUGUUAUAGUCCACAGUUGUUCACAGUUCGGACAAAGCGAUUGAGCCAGCUUUUACGCUUGAAUCGAACAACAUUUCUAAAUCUUGCUCAUUCAAAUUUUGGUGACGGAACAAUAAUCAUGAACAAUUUUCUUCAGCAUUUGCAAGAAUCACAAGAUCCAACGAUGAGGGAAAUUUUGGUAGAUACAGAGGCAAUGUUGGCUCGAGGAAAAAAAAUGGAUCUGCCUAUCAGUCUAAUUCCUGCAACUUGCAGAGGUGAUGAUGUAUUGUUGCAUCAAUUGUUAAGAAAAGGUUCAGAUCCGAAUGAAAUAGAUAAGAGUGGAAAAACAGCACUGCAUUUUGCAGCUUCUAUUGGCAAUGAACAUUGCGUAGCACAACUGCUAGAACACAAGGCUGAUCCCAAUAUUCGAGAUUUCAGUGGAAGUGUCCCAUUAUGGGAAGCAAUGAUGGGUAGGCAUGAAAAAGUCAUGAAACUUCUUCUAGACAAUGGUGGAAAUAUAUCAUCCUCUGAUGUGGGACAUCUUGCAUGCAUUGCUGUUGAGAAAAAUAACAUUGAAUUACUCAAGUACCUUGUUCAAUGUGGUGGGGAUGUGACACAACCCACAAGCAAUGGAAACACUGCACUUCAUGUUGCAGUAUGUGAGGAAAACAUGGACAUACUAAAUUUUCUUCUUGACCAAGGAGCAGAUAUUGAUAAAGAAGAUGGUAAUGGUUGGACUCCAAGGGCUUUAGCAGAUCAUCAGUGCCAUGAAGAAAUACAAAAUAUAUUCCAAAAUAUAGGGAAAAACAAAAGACCACAUGUUAUUCCUUCAAUACCAAAGAUUGGAAGGUCCUUUGUGGCGAAGAGUCAAAGUGAACCCUUUAUGCCAGGAAUCUCCCAAGGAAGCAUCCUUCCUAAUCAAGAGUUGUCAGAUAAUCGUCAAAGAAGAAAGGUCAACCCUUUUCGUAACUCAUUUUUUUGGAUGAUGUCAGCUGCAAAUCAUGAUAAAAAUGAUUCUAGUACAUCUGUAACCAAUCACGCUACCCCAACAAACGUGAGUGAAUUAUCAGCCAGAGUUACGCUAAGUUGUCCAGAAAAGGGUGAGAAUGCAAAAAAGCUUGUUUUCUUGCCAAAGUCCUUUCAAGAACUUCUACAUAUUGGCGCCAAAAAGUUUGACUUCUCUCCCACAAAACUUUUGACCAAAGAAGGAGCUCAAGUUGAAGACAUAAAUGUGAUAAGAGAUGGUGAUUAUCUCAUUCUUGCACGAGAUAGAUCAGGAUAGAAAUGUGAAUCAUCAGUUUCUAAACCGUUUUUAAGUAACCAAGAGGACUUGAAAUGGUUAUCUAGGCUCAAAUACUUAAAGUUGUAAGAUUCACAUACAGUCUUGUCUACGAUGCACAUAUUCAAUAAAGAUAUUGUAUAUGAUAUGCAUCUAAAUAUAAUAACUCUUUAAAGAUACGACAUGUGCAAGUAAGGAACACAAUAGAGCAGGGCGGCGGAUAUUAUGAUAUU